AAGAGAAGAGUAACCACCGACAAGAGAAAAAAAAAAAAAAAGAGUUAAAAGACGAUUUCAGACAAUGCCAUUCGUCAAUGUUCACCUUUUGCCUACAGAUACUUAAUUUUUCUCUCGACUUAGAUAGACAAAACUAUUAAAAUUUUUAAAAUUAUUUAUUUAUUAAUUAAAUUGUCCCUAAUUAUAUUGUUUCUUUUCUUUUGUAACCUUAAUUAUAUUGUUUGUUAUUGCUCAAAUACCUUGAUCAAAAAGGUACUAGAGUAGAUAAUUUGUCUUUCGAAUGGUACCUAUAUAAACAUAUAUGAACUAUUGAAUUUAUAUCAAAACCUGUUUUAAUACAGUAAUGAGUAUACUAAAUCUUUACUCAGAAGUUGGGCCUUCUAAGUUUGCAUAUGAAACAUUUCUAACAUAGAGAGCGAGGGAAAAAAAAAUUUAGGAUAAAAAAAGAAUAACUAAGAGAAAAUAAUAUAGAUAGAAUAAUAAUAGAAGAAAGAAUAAUAAUAAAUAAAAUAUUAAAAUAGAGAUGAAAAUAGAGGGCAAUAUUGUACUAUAGAAACAUAAUAUAAUAUUAGAAUGUACGAGAAAUUUAAGUAUGCUAGAAGUCCUAAAUCUAGGAUGGAAUAGAAACACUUGUGGAAGAUGUUUAGUGCAGUCAAUCAAGGCAUUCCCUUUAAUUAAGAUCCUUGAUCUUACUGGCAGUACAUCUAUAGAGCAAGUGAUUGUUGAAGAUCUUCACACUUUUAAGGAGUUGGAAGUAUUGCUUUUAGAUGAUUCUUCUCUUAACAAUAAUUUUCUUCAAAGUAUUGGAAGGCUAAACUCUCUUAAAGUUUUGUCUUUAUCCAGGUGUGAGCUCAAUGGAACCCUGCCUGAUCAAGGAUGGUGUGAAUUGAAGAAUCUUGAAGAGUUAGAUUUAAGUAAAAAUAAUUUUCAGGGAAUGCUUCCCUCUUGUUUUGGAAACUUGUCAUAUCUUCAAGUGUUAGAUAUAUCGUCUAACCAUUUAACAGGAAAUAUUGCCACCAGCCCUCUUACCAAUCUAAAAUCACUUGAAUAUGUCUCACUUUCGAGUAAUAACUUUCAAGUCCCAAUUUCGUUUAGGAUGUUUGCCAACCACUCCAAACUUAAGGUCCUUCUUGGCAAUGACAACAAUUUUAUGCCUGAACCUCUCCUCCAAACUCCAAUUCCGAAGUUCCAACUCAUAUUUUUGAGUCUGUCUUACCUUGCAUUAAAAGAACCUCCCUACUUCCUCUAUCACCAAAAUGACCUUAGGGUUAUUGAUCUCUCCCACAACAACAUCACUGGAGGAUUCCCAUCUUGGUUGUUCAUGAACAAUACAAGAUUAGAAGUACUCAACCUAGGAUAUAACUCCAUUUCAGGACCUUUGCAGUUGCCAUUACAACCUCAUUUCAACAUUACAAUCUUAGAUGUAUAUAGGAAUAAUUUAUUAGGAAAUAUUCUUAUAAACAUCAGUUCAGUCUUUCCCCAUCUUGCAGACUUAGUAAUGUCCAAAAAUUCCUUUCAAGGUCAGAUUCCUACUUCUUUUGGUGAUAUGAAAUCAUUAGAAUCUUUAAGCUUGUCAGACAAUCAUUUGUUUGGGAGUAUCCCUGAUUCCUUUGGUCAUUUGAGCUCUUUGGCCUUUUUAGACUUGUCUAACAACCAGUUGUCUGGAGGAAUACCAGAAUCGUUGGUCCUAGGUUGCCCCUUGAGGUUUCUCAUUUUGUCGGGCAAUAAUUUGCAAGGGCGAGUAUUUCCUCUUCUUUUCAACUCAACAUAUUUAGAGGUCUUACGACUGGAUAGUAAUAACUUCGCUGGAGAGAUACCUGAGUUUUCAUCUGUCAACUUUUUUUCACCUUGGAUUAUAGAAAUGAGCAACAACCAUAUCUCAGGCAAGCUUCCAAGAUGGAUGGGAAAUAUAUCAUCCUUGAAAGCGCUGUCUUUGUCCAAAAAUCAUUUUAAGGGUCCUUUUCCAAUAGAAUUUUGUGGCCUUGAUCAACUUUUAUUUCUUGACCUUUCAAACAACGAGUUGUCUGGCUCUAUCCCCAAUUGCUUUAAUUCAAUUGAAAUAACACAUGUUCAUCUGAGCAACAAUAGAUUUACUGGGCCAUUGACAAAAGCAUUCUUUGGCAACUCUUCUUUGGAGACAUUGGACCUUUCAAGGAACAAUCUAACUGGUAUAAUUCCUAAUUGGAUUGGCAAUCUCCCUUCAUUGAGCAUUCUUUUGUUGAAAGCUAACCAUUUUGAAGGUGAAAUUCCUAUUCAGCUAUGUCAGUUGAACAGAUUAAGGAUGAUGGAUCUUUCUCAAAAUAAUCUUUCUGGUUCUACACCUUUAUGUCUAAGUAAUUUAACAUUUGAGGCCUCAAGUUUUUCAAUUGAGAUUGGGUAUUGGGUGGGCAAAAGCAGAUAUGAAAUGGUAUCACAAUUAGAAAUGUGGAAGAAAAAGCUGAAAAGGAAUUUCUACAACCUUUUGCCGUAUGAAAAUGGGUUAAUGGAUAUGGAGGAUUGGGUAGAGUUUACAACAAAGAGAAUAUCAUAUGUUUACAGUGGAAGCAUCCUUGGUUACAUGUCUGGUAUUGAUUUAUCUUGCAACCAUCUCACGGGAAGGAUCCCACCUGAAAUUGGAUACUUGAAUGAGAUCCAUGCACUAAACUUGUCACACAACAAGCUAACAGGACCAAUUCCCUCUACAUUUUCAAACUUGAAGCAGAUUGAAAGUUUAGACCUUUCCCAUAACAAUUUGAAUGGGAGAAUCCCCCCUCAGUUGACUGAGCUAAACACCCUGGCUGUGUUUUCUGUUGCAUACAACAACUUAUCAGGACCAACCCCUGCUCAAAAAGCUCAGUUUGGGACCUUUGAUGAAAGUAGCUACGAAGGAAAUCUUCUCCUCUGUGGAGCUCCACUGCAGAUCAACUGUACCAAAAUCGAAUUACCAUCAAUUUUGACGAAUGUCUCCAAUUAUGAUUGGGAAAACAAUGAUUUUAUCGACAUGAGUGUUUUUUAUUGGAGCUUUGUGGUAGCUUAUGUUGCAGUCUUGAUGGCAAUUGCAGCAGUUCUACACAUAAAUCCUUAUUGGAGACGGGCCUGGUUUUACUCCAUUGAAGUCUGCAUCACCUCUUGUUACCACUAUGUUUUGGACUAAUUUUGUUGGUUUUCUAGAAGAAUCAUUUAACCUUUGUAGAGUCAAGACUCCAGAGAGACUGGGAAUCAAAAUUCUAAAAGAAAAUAAGUAAUCAAGGGGUAGCCUUGGAUUCAAAUGAUCUUAAUGCAAACUUUGAUAUUGAAGUUUCCCACUAAGAACAUCUCAAUAAAACUUGAAUCUACAU